AUUUCUUGUUGUCUCUUUUGUGUCCGAUACAUUUGAGUUUGAUAUUUCCAAAUCAGAAGAAACAAUGUUGAGAGUUUGUCAUUCGCGAAUUGGAUUAACAAUUCCAAAACCCUCUUCACUUUCCACACUUCCUUCAAUCUUCUCCUUCUCUUUUCCUUCACAUUCUCAUUUACAACAAAAUCACACGUUUUCCUCAAAAACCUUCCAUUUUCAUUCACCUUCUUUUCCUCUUUCACCCUUUACUUCUAUCAUGCCUUCUCACAAACUAACAGCUUUAUAUAGUACUGGGAGUACUGGUGUUGAAGUUGGUGAAGAAAGGGAAUUAUUGGUGCAGCAUUUGUUGGUGAAAGAAGAUGACCAGAAAUUAUUGUUGGAUAUUCAGAAGAGAAUCACUUCAGGUGAAGAUUUGAGUGAUCUUGCUGUGGAGUAUUCAAUUUGCCCAUCUAAAGAAGAAGGAGGAAUGCUUGGGUGGGUGAGAAAGGGACAAAUGGUUCCCGAAUUUGAGGAGGCUGCAUUUGGUGCACCUUUAAACAAAAUUGUAAGGUGCAAGACACAAUUUGGAUGGCACCUGCUGCAGGUUUUAUCUGAAAGGGAAGAAUCAGUACUUCAAGACAUUCAACCUGAUGCACUACAUGUGAAAUUUCAAGAUCCCAACUUUUCGGAGGAGGCACAGUUAAUUGAUGUUCGAGAGCCUGAUGAAGUAACCAAAGCAUCUUUGCCAGGAUUUACGGUCCUUCCCCUCCGACAGUUUGGAAGCUGGGGACCUGAAAUAAACUCCAAAUUUAACCCUGAAAAGGAUACAUAUGUUCUGUGUCAUCACGGCGUGCGGUCGUUACAGGUUGCUAGAUGGUUGCAGUCACAGGGAUUCAGGAAAGUAUACAAUAUUUCUGGAGGAAUCCAUGCCUAUGCAGAGCAGGUUGAUCCGUCGGUUCCCACAUACUGAAUAACAGGAUUAUUAUGCCACACUUUCCUCUCCUUAGAUGUGAGCAAUUUUCCAUACUUGUACAUGAGAGCAAGAUUUUGAGAGGAAUGCAUUCAUUAUUGUAGCAAGUCACUCUAACUUCAAACUUUUGCUUGAGAGGCAAGGCAUGCAACAUAUAGAAUUUGAAUUCUAUUUAGUUAACAAAUAAUACCAAGGAAAUAGAUAAUCUAGAUCAAUUAAUGUUGGUAUUAACAUGUGUUUGUUUUGCUUCAAAAUUAAGGUUACAAUAUCAGGUGCCUACAAGGUUUUAUUUUCCGUCUUAAUUCAUUUUUCUCAUAUGGAUUUACAAGUGAGUCCUAUGGAUUUUGAAUUAGAUUCCAAAAGAUUGUC